AUGUCGGAAGCUCAGAAGAAUAUUAUUCGCAGAAUACUAUCACCGGUUGAUGAAGGUAUUGGCUCGGAUUCAGCGACUGUAGACAAUCUAUUCGAACAGUUGAAUAUUGUAUGUGGCUGGCCGGUGCCGCUGGCGAUGAUGCUGUUGGUUCGCGAGGCCUGGCGAGGAAAUGUGACUAUGGAUGAGGACCAGAAGGCUAUGUAUAGGUAUCUCUCCUGUUUGAGUGAGCCUUGGGAUGGUCCGGCGAUGAUAGCGUUUACUGAUGGCGAUGUCCUUGGGGCUACUUUGGAUAGAAAUGGGCUCAGGCCUAGCAGAUUUAUGAUUACUAAGGACGGGUUAUUCGUAUUAUCGUCGGAAGUUGGAGUAGUCGAUGUGGAGCCAUCGGAAGUGGUACAGAAAGGCCGGCUUGGACCGGGCAGGAUGAUUCUGGUGGAUACGAAACAGGGCCGAGUGGUUUUGGAUAGCGAAAUCAAGGAUACUUUCAGCAGGAUUGCACCCUUUAAAAAUUUCCUGCAACAAGCGGUCUUUAUAGAUGCGGAAUCUACAAAGAGGAUUACUGUUGAUGAUUAUGGUUCGAAGGGCAAGGGAAUACCAAUAACAUUGGAAGUGCUCGAUAUUGCCGAAGUCGCGCUGACAGAGCAGUUGGUCAUGCAUGGUUAUGUGGCUGAGAUGCUCGACAUGAUAUUGAGCCCGAUGGCGAGAGUUGGCCAGGAGCCUCUAGGUUCGAUGGGCCACGAUGCACCACUGGCGUGUUUGUCUCGGUUGCCGUUAUCAUCGUUUUACUAUAUGCAGCAGCUUUUCGCAGAGGCGACUAACCCUGCGAUUGACCCUCUAAGAGAGUCCAUUGUGAUGAGCUUAGAGUGCCCUAUAGGGCCUCAACCUCAUGCGCUUGCGUGCGGACCUAAUCCGGCGAGAAGGGUGGUCUUGGAUGAACCGAUUCUGUGCCCGUGGAGAUAUCAACAGCUGUUGGACUUGGACACUCUGAGAGAUUUCUCGGGGGCGUGUGCACUCGAGUCGAGACUUCAUGAUAUUUGCGAAGAAGCAGAGGCGGCGGUUCAUGAUGGUGCGGGAAUAUUAAUUCUCUGUGAUCGUCGGGCUGGUCCGAGUAGGGUCCCUGUUGAUGCCCUCCUCGCUGUAGGGGCGGUUCACCAUCGUUUGAUAAAAUGCCGUUUGAGAAGCCAAACUGCUAUUAUAGCUGAGGUUGGUGCGGUAUCGUCCAUACACCAGAUGUGUUGCCUGCUAGCGUUUGGUGCUGAUGCUAUUUAUCCCUAUCUGGCAUAUGCCGCUUUAACGAGUAUGGGAGUUGGGAGGGACUCGACUGUGGUGGAGAUGAGCUUAAAUAAGAUGGUGAAGAAUUAUAGGGCUGCGGCACAUGCUGGAAUUCUCAAAGUUAUGUCCAAGAUGGGUAUUUCAUGCCUUUCGAGUUACAAAGGAGCUCAACUAUUCCAGUGCAUUGGCCUUGCACCUGACGUUAGGAAUCUCUGUUUUGAUGCAUGUUUGUCAUCACUUGGGGGUGUGGGCUUCCGAGCCUUACAAGAAGAUGCGCUAAGGCUACACACUAAUGCGUACCCAUCUCGCCCCCUGCCACCCCUGGUCGACGCCGAAACGAGCCGCUAUGCAUUGCCCGAGAUGGGCAUGUAUCAUUUCCGCUCCGUCGGGAACGCAUCGGAGCUCCACAUGAACGCCCCUGACGUUAUAGCGAAGAUUCAAGAGUCGGCCAGAAAGGACUCGCCGAUCGCAUACAAGGAAUAUGAAGAUUGGGAAAACGCCUUAGUUGAUGAGUGUGAACUCCGCGGGCUUUUGGAGAUUUGCUAUGACAAGUGUUCGCCGAUCGCUGUGGAAAGCGUGGAAACGGAGACGGAAAUUGUAAAGAGAUUCUGCACAGGUGCUGUUUCUUUUGGUGCCAUCUCGUCACCGACCCACGAGGCGUUGGCUAUGGCGAUGAACUCCCUGGGUGGCCGAUCUAAUACGGGAGAAGGGGGAGAGGAUGAGGCCAGGUUUGGUGAAGAUAACGAGGUGAGGUCCCGUAUCAAGCAAGUAGCCUCUGGCCGAUUCGGUGUAACUGCGGCGUAUUUGGCGGACGCUGACGAGAUUCAGAUAAAACUAGCACAGGGCGCUAAGCCGGGCGAAGGAGGGGAGUUGCCAGGGUAUAAGGUGGUUGGUGCCAUCGCGGAGAUCCGGAAGUCCACCCCAGGGGUUGGGCUGAUAUCACCUCCUCCUCAUCACGAUAUGUACAGUAUUGAGGAUGUGGCUCAACUGAUAUCGGAUUUGAAACAUACCAAUCCAACGGCAAGAAUAUCCCUCAAGUUGGUGUCUAAGAUCGGAGUAGGCAUUAUCGCCGCUGGCCUAGUGAAGGGUGGUGCUGGUCACGUUGUUAUUUCUGGCAACAGUGGGGGGACGGGCGCCGCGAAAUGGACCAGUAUUAAACACGCUGGAGGGCCGUGGGAACUGGGCCUGGCAGAGUCGCAUCAGGUGUUGGUUUUGAAUGGUCUCCGUGAUCGAGUGGUGCUGCAAGCGGAUGGACAGAUCAGGACGGCUCGGGAUGUUGUCUACGCGGGUCUGCUGGGUAGCGACGAAAUUGCUAUGACAACGGUGCCGAUGAUCGCGUUGGGGUGUGUUAUGAUGAGGAAAUGUCAUCUUAAUACGUGCCCUGUGGGUAUCGCCACUCAAGAUCCGGAGUUAGUUCGAAAGUUCGCGGGCCAGCCUGAGCACUUGGUGAACUUCCUAUGGCUGAUGGCUGGAGAAGUGAGGCAGAUUAUGGCCAGACUUGGCAUGAGGCGAUUCGAGGAUUUGAUCGGCCGAACGGACCUUCUUCGCAUGAAGUCAGUGGUGCGUGAGAAUAAGAAGACGGCAGUGAUCGAUUUGUCGGAUAUGCUUAAGCCGACUUGGGAGGCCUGGAGACGUGGGGAUUCGCAGAUGGGAAGAAAUGCGAAGUGGUUUGUGAAAUAUGUUUUCCACUAUUGUUUUUCGUAUCGCGGGUAUAACUCUAUUGAUAAUAUGAACUGCUGUGAUCAGAUGAAAGAGCCUAUUUUGAUCAACAACAGUGAUCGUACGGUUGGCGCAAGGCUUUCAUAUGAGAUUGCCAAGCACAGAGGAUCGGCUGGUUUGCCCGAAGGGUCGUUGCUCGUUUCCUUUUUUGGAAGUGCUGGACAGUCGUUCGGGUCGUGGUUAAUGAAGGGAGUAUCCUUCUCGCUAGAAGGAGAGGCAAAUGAUUAUGUCGGGAAAGGUCUAUGUGGCGGGGAUAUUGACAUACGGCCACCGAAACCGCGCGCGCCCGAGUUCCUCCCCGAAGACAACGUCAUCGUGGGAAAUGCCUGUUUGUAUGGUGCCACUGGCGGAAGACUUUUCGUGAACGGUCAAGCCGGGGACAGAUUUGCUGUUCGUAAUAGCGGAGCAGUAGCUGUUGUCGAAGGGUGCGGAGAUCAUGGUUGCGAGUAUAUGACUCGAGGAGUUGUUGUUGUGCUUGGCACCACGGGGAGGAACUUCGCUGCUGGUAUGUCGGGAGGUCUGGCGUAUGUCUUGGACUUGGAUCGCAACCACUGCAAUAAACAGACCGUUUACCUGGACCCGUUGGGAGGAGACGCUCGUGAGGACAAAGUUGCCCUGAAGGCGUUGUUGUCGGAGCAUCUGAAGAGGACGGGUUCUCCACAAGCGGCGAAGCUUCUCGCUGACUGGGCCAACUCGAUCAAGCGGUUCACGAAAGUCUUCCCUCAUGAGUAUAAACGCGUGUUGAAAGAAGCAAUCAUGGAACAUGUGAAGACUGGCAGUACGGUCGCUGCGGGCAUCCUCAACGACUUUGAAAAUAUGCGGCGUUCUUGUGUGAGCACGAAGACUUCAGCGAAAAGCAUAAUUGCGCGAUAUAAUUUAUGGAGGAGUACGGUCGAUGGUAAGGAAGAUCACACGUUGGAGGCGCUGGGGUUGGGGGACGUGCCGAAGGAUAAUGUUGGCGAUUUGCUCAAUAAUGUGUCUUCUGGUCGAGGGAUGGCCAGGGCGUUCCGAAUGGGAUAUGACCAGUUGCUGACGACUCAGACUGCUAGAUGUAUGGACUGUGGCACGCCGACUUGUCACUAUCCCAAUACGGGAGGAGGAGGAUGUCCGUUGGGAAAUCGCAUACCAACAUUUAAUCAACUCGUAUAUGAAGGGCAGUGGAAAUUGGCUUUGGAUCGUCUGCUUGAUACGAAUAACUUCCCGGAGUUCACAGGAACCGCAUGCCCAGCACCAUGCGAAGAAGCGUGUGUGCUCAGUAUCAACGAGCCCGCCGUUACUAUCAAAAGUGUCGAGUUGGCAAUUAUCGAACAUGCUUUUCAAAAGGGUUGGAUACAGCCGAUGCCGCCUCUUACGAGAACGUACAAGACGGUUGCGAUAGUGGGCAGCGGACCUGCGGGGUUGGUUGCGGCGGCUCAGUUGAAUAAGGCUGGACACAGCGUGACUGUCUUCGAGAGGGCCGAUCGAAUCGGCGGUUUGUUGGUGUAUGGGAUUCCGAAUAUGAAAUUGGAUAAGAUCGAUAAAGUGCAGAGGAGAGUUGAGAUACUCCAACAGGAGGGAAUAGAGUUCAAGACAGAUAUCGAAAUCGGCGUGGAGCCCUAUACCCUACCAUCUCUACGGGCUGGCUAUGAUGCUGUGCUUUUGGCCACUGGGGCUACCCAGUCUCGAGACACGCUAACGAGGAUACCGGGUCGACAGUUGAAGGGCAUUUAUCAGGCGAUGGACUUCCUCUCACUAUCGCAGAAAAGUUGGCUGGACUCUGAGCACGAUGACGAUAAGUUCAUCGAUUGUGCUGGUCGUAAGGUGGUGGUCAUUGGUGGAGGCGACACUGCUGUUGAUUGCGUUGCCACGGCGAUCCGUCUGGGCGCGGAAAGCGUUCUGCAGUUUUCUAGAAGGCCGGCGGCAUCAAAGGCGAAGAGCCGGUGGCCCUUCUGGGACGAGGAUGUGUAUAGAGUUGAAUAUGCCCACGAGGAGGUGCAAGCCAUUCAUGAUAGAGACCCCAGGGAGUACGAAGUCCAGACGAAGGCGUUUGUGGGAGAGGACGGUGUGUUGAAAGGCAUCGAGACUGUACGGGUAUCGUUCGAUCUGGUCGCGAGAAGCACUAAACCUGUUGAAGGUGAGCUUUUGCUCUUUUGA